GCGUCAGCUCAACAAUCAGCUGCCAAAGCUAAAUGUUCUUUUCCUUUCUCAGUUUUGGUUUUUUUCUGACGGAAAUUCAUUGCAAUAACAAUAAUUAUUACGUCACGACAACGAUACAAAUGCCUGCUUCAAUUUUACAUAAAAAUAAAGGAAUCUCCUAAAUAUGUCUUCAUUCGUUACCCAUCGAAACGAUAGUUCCGUAAAUGUGGAAGAUACAAGUUCAAAAGAUGGUGUUACUUAUUACAAAAUCAGUGUUAGAGUAGGCUCUGUUUACUGGAACGUGUCGCAUCGGUACAAUGACUUUGUGGAACUGCACGAAAAGUUGGUUUCAAACCAUGGAGUCGCAAGGGAAUUGCUCCCGCCAAAGAAGGUCAUAAGAAAUAAAACUCCCAAAUUUGUUGAACAGAGACGGGAAGGCCUGAACGAUUAUCUCAAAAAUGUAUUUAACUACUUGCGGCUGUCGAUGCCUUAUGAAUUCGCCCACUUUUUGGAUUUCCAUUUGUAUGAUAUAUUCUUUUUGUUGCAAGACUUAGCAAAGACUUUGUAUUUGGAAGGAGAUUCCUUACUGGAGAGUGCAAACGCUCAUGUUUUCUAUCCCAUGGAGCUUCAUGCAAUAAGUGAGAGACUCAAAAUGGCGUGCCCGCCGACUGAAAAAGUUGACCAAAUGUAUGACUUCAGUCACAUAUUAGAUUUCUGUUCUCAACUCCGAUCUCUGAGCAUCGAAGGCAGCUAUGAGAAGCUGGGGACAAGUAAUAUUAUACCAAAUAACCUGCAGUUUGAUAUGACUCCGUUCAAAUCGUUGAUGGAAUUGAAGAUUCUUGGGGUACCAAUGGCAUGCAUCCAGAGUGUUGGCACCCUCCGCGACACCCUGAUGACCCUGUCAGUAUUGAUAGCUAGUGUGGUGUCUAUGAACGAGUUCCUGCUUGUCGACAUCUUGCACAAGGAUCAGGAUAGCAUUGCCGAUACUGUUAAAUGGAAGAAACUCUCUGUCAUAAACUUCGCGAGCAACAACAUAAAGCAAGUCGACUGGGCCAUCAAACUUGUACCCCGACUCCAACACCUCAGCCUUUCGUCCAACAAGCUCACGGAACUCUGCGACAUAUCCUCCCUUCACGAACUGAGGGUUCUCAAUCUGUCCAUGAACAAGUUCGCAGCGUGCGAGAACUGGCAUGCAAAAAUAGGCAACAUAGUCAAAAUCGACUUAUCACAAAACCAAGUUGAAACAUUACAAGGUUUCUCGAGAUUGUACUCUCUCGAAAGUCUAGACUUGAGCUGCAAUCUUAUACAUGAUGUGGAAGAAGUACAACAUAUUUGUAAGUUACCUUGUCUAGAAUAUCUAUGGUUGACAGCUAACCCUGUGGCGUCGUCCAUAGAUUAUAGAGUCAAGGUCAUAGAGCAGUUUGAUAAUAGAAUGGGCGAAUUGUGUCUUGACAAUGAGAAAGCGUCUGAGAAAGAGUUGGACAAAGCGAGAGUGUUACAAGCUCUGCGUGUUGUUAGAGAAGGUAAAACGCCUAGUUUCUUGGAAAACAACAAUACGAGUCAUAGCUUUAAUAAGAGUUGACAAUCUAUGUAAGUAUUUAACUAAUAUUAAGUGGAGACUGCACUAAGUGCUUUGAAAUUCGAGGGCCCACUAAUUAUUAAGAUGUCCAUUUUGUGGUUUUUAAAUUAGUGUCCUUGAAAUAAAACAAUGGAUUAUAUUUAUUUGUAUAAUUUUUAAAUAUAUUUUAUUUCUAUUUUUAGUCAUAACUUAGUGUUGCUUUGAUAAAUAAAAUCAGAGCAUGUAUAUAAUAUGAAUUUUAUUGAUGUCUAUUUAAACUUUUUGUGAUAUAUAAUUGUUAUAUUUUAUUGACUUAUUAUUUGUAUAUAACGUAAGGGAGUUUAUACACGCACGACAUAAAAGCUAUUGUUGUUUUCAAUGUGAUUGACUGAACGACUUAGUUUUUGAUAAUGAAAUAAAUGUUAAUAAUUUAUUAGAAAAUAAGUAGAAUUAAUUUAAACGGUUUUUCUUCAAAUAAUUUACUG